AGUACUGUCAGAGAAGCCACUGCUGCAGCCACUUGUUGUGUUUUUGUGUCAUGUUAUGGCUGGAGUAACUGACAAGCUUUUCAUGCUCUGCUUUAUCAUUGUGGUACUCAUCUUGUCGAGGGCUUACUCUGAAGAUGUUGACAGCACUAUGACACCUUCAUUUUAUGGAUCAACUAGUGAUGAAACUUUCACUCCAACUGAGACAGUGACAGAAACGGAUGGAGAGCUGGAGAUAGAGAGGACAGUUCAAGACAAUGGUUCAGAUGCCAAAGAAACUAUGCAGACUGCAAAUUUUGUGUAUCCUGUAGGGGUGGUUGUUGUUGGAAUUCCUCGUCCUUUCUAUCCUCCUUAUUUCUACCGACCUUUCUAUCCUCCGCCUCCUCCCCCUCCCCCUCCUCCUCCUCCUCCUCCACAUUUCUUUCACCCAUGGAGGAGACGGUGGGGGUAAUGUUUAACAUAUGUACAUUAAAAUUACGUCUUUAUGCAGAACACUGUAAUCCUGAGAUGUUCAACCAAUAGAAAGAAAAUGUUGUUACAACAGAAAGAUAAAAAUAUGUGGUUUUAGUCCACAGUA